AUGGGAGUCACACGCCUCUGGUUCUUCACCCUCCAGCCCACCGUCUCAGCAACAGACCCAGCCUUCACAAGCCUCUGGACCGAAGUGCUCGAGCUCUGCGCAACCUACACCCCCUCCACACCCAGCCCGUCCGCCUCGCAGUUUCGAAUGUCACUCUUCAACAAGCCCGCGCCCCCAAAGAGGUCACACCAUUUCCUAUUUCAGGCGGUUGGGGGGAAGGAAAUUGAUGGUCAUGGUGAUGAUCAUAGCGAUGAAGGAAACGAGCCCGUCUUUGUUCUCAUCUCCACAUACCCCUCCCUCGCCCUCUGCAGCCAGGCCAACGCAGUCUACGCCCGGCGCUACCAGUCGCAGAUGUCGCAGUACGUACGCCACCGCGCGGUGAGGCAGAUGGACCUCGAGGAUGCCGAAGUCAUGGCCGCGCUGCUAGCGUCUUCGCCCAAGGGAACAACCCACUCCCUGCCCAACAACGAGGGGAAUGGCGACGUCAUCGACGACGACGACGACACCGACGACGAAAAGCGAGCCCCGUCGACCAUCACACUCACAAUCUCAAGCCGGGACCCGCUGGUCACCGAGGUCAAGGAAUCACUAUCCAGCCCCGACAGAAGGGCACGCGUGCCCCCGCCGACCGAGGAAAUCAGCGGUGCAGAUACCUACCACGCACCAGCUGCUCCGCCGCCGCCAGUAGUGGACGGCGAGGCUGGUGGGACGGAUGCCUUCGAGGCGCGAAAGCGAGAGGGGAGGAAGUGGAUCCGGUUAUCGCGGAGGGCAGGAGCUGGGAGCGAGUAUGGGGACGUCGAAAUGUUUAAGCUGAGAGAAUUAUUAUCGCGGUGAUUGGGCGGACAGGAAUCGGCAACAUGUCUGUCGCGAGAGAGAUUUGAGAGAGAGAGAGAGGAGGGACUGACGUCGUCUCAACAGCUGAAUGAAAAUGCCAGUUUUUUUCUUAUCACUAUAGCAAUGAGAAAUAGUAGUAUCC